GGGAGAGUCUAGUAUGUUGAGGUGGAUGCCUUGACAUUGGAGCGGAUUCUUGUUGUUGAUUUAGUUGUGAAAGAUGGGCAGCUCCUGCAAUAGAUUUCGGCGCGUCAGUCUGUCCAGUUGUUUUGCAAGAUCCAUCUCGCAGCCUUCUACAGAUCGUUCCACAUAGUCGAGAGUAUUGCUAUGCAACUAUGGCGCCGAGAAAGAACAACCUUUCUGCGAAAAAUGGCGGAUGCGCCCCAGCGAAAUCAGACAACAGUGCCAAGCCGUCUCCGUCGCAGUUGCCGCCUGCUCCACCUGGUGGCGAAGGCUCGAACCAAAAGCCACCUGCUGUCAAACCAGCUGCUAUCCCUCCGCCGCCUGCUGGUGGUGGUAGCAACACUUCUACUUCUGGGAUGGUGCGUGAUAAAGUGCCUGUGGGUGGACAGCCUGCUAGCUCCCCUGGCGCGGGGUCGUCGUCUGCUCCACUCUUUGGCUUAGGUGGCGGACAAGGUCUCGGUGGUGCUGAUAUUAAGGAUAUUCGGCUGCAGCAGCCCGGCUCUGGUCCAGGGUCCCUCCUUCCGUCAGGGCCGCCACCGAAAGCAAGCGGAAGUGGUGUGUUAAGGUUCAGGAUCAAAAAGUAGACCUUCACGCUUCAAAAUCGAUGCACACAUCACUGCACACAUCACUGCACACUUCACUGCACACUUCGCUGCACUCUUUUUUUUUCAAGUAGGAUUUUUUUGUGUGCAGUGAAGUGUGCAGUAAAGUGUGCAGUAAAGUGUGCAGUGAUUUUCUAGUGGUAAUUAAUUAUUUUGGGAAAAUGUGUGCAGUAAAGUGUGCAGUAAAGUGUGCAGUAAAAGUGUGCAGUAAAUGUGUGCAGUAAAAGUGUGCAGUAAAAGGGUGCAGUAGCAGCGCACUAAAAAAGUGCGCAAUACAAUCGAAUAGACAUUAUGCUGCUGUAGCUAGCUCGUCUAGAACUGACUGGUCUCGUUUUCUUAGGUCGCUAAAGUAAGCUGAAUAUCUCCCACGGGUAGCCCCCACCACAUCUGCCUUCAUAAUUCCAGAAGCGUGCGUUCACGAGUCCGGAAAAGGUGCAGGGAGCACUCGACGCAGCUGCUGGCGCCAAGAAGAUGCGACAGGAUCUCCUCUUCGAGCGUAACAACCCGGUCAAAAUCAUGGCACAAGUGGAGAAGCGCAUUAGCGACCAUUCGCGUCGAAAUGGAUGGGCAAUGGAUCCCUACCUAUUCAGCCAGCGGCACCAUGUUUUCGGCAUGAAGGAGGAAGCCAACAUGCAACAAGGUGAGGGCGUGGAGUUUCGUAACGCGCUAGACUACCUGGCGUCUAUCUUCAUGAAGGUCGCAGAUGAACGUGAAAACAAGGAGAAGGCACUAGACCGCAUCUAUCUGAAGAAGUGCCACUAUGAUGAUGUUUAUGGGAAGCUCUGCACCGUCCGCGCCUCGAAACAGCAGCAGAAAGUUCGGGAAGUGCUACGGAAGUUGUUGGACACCAAGCACCCAACCAAGGCAGCGAAGCUAUCUGCCAUUGGUUCGAUGUUGUACCGCCAUGCAGAACGUGUCCGAGUACGUGGCUUCAAGGAACGUCCUUUCGACGCGGAUAUGGUGGGGGCGUCUGUUCCUGCAGGAGCUCCUGGCGGCUCCGCUUCGGGCACAUCUUCGAGUGCAAACAUCUCCUCUUCUUCUGGUGUAGUGCCGCAUAUGGUGGGCCAGGCUGGAUAUCAAGUACUAGCUGGAGGUGGUCCGAUGAUCGGUGGCGCAGCUGCACUACCUGCCGUGGGCAAUAAUUGGGAGAGCCUUGCGCAGCUCUCUGCGACGUUGGAUGUUAAAGCUCUGCUUGACGGAAACAUCCAGAGCCAGAUUAAAGCUGCAGCUUGCGCUGCGCAGAAAAACGCACAGAAGCAGCAUGAUUCUAUGGCGGAGUCGCUUGGCGUCACUGGUUCGGAUGAAGAACUGCGCUGGCCUUUGCUUGAAGUAGAAGUUCAGGCAAUUUUGGCUAUUCUUCCGAGAAACAAGAUGCCGGACAUGUCUCUGCUUGGAUCGAUCGCAAAUACCUAUCAAGCAGCGAAAGAGGCGAGUACCCACGCCCAUCAGCCAGAUGGUAAUGCAUUUUCGUGGUUUCUUGUUCGUUAUUAUUUACUCUCUUACUUUUUUCGUUGGGUUUAUGCGUCUUGGUCUUGCAAUAGUAUGCUUCUCAUCUUUGUGUGUGCUGUUUUCUAGAAUCUUACUUCUAUGCUAGUUCUUCCCCGCAGUUAUAUGGUGAUCAAUACCAACUCGCAGUUCCUUCGCCGUACAACACACUUCGCAUCUGGGUGAACGGUGCGAUUGCUCGCCAAUUUCCCAAGUCCAAGAUGAAAGCGACGCCGUUUUUUGAUUCGUAUUGGAUCUAUUUUCAUUUGUUUCGGAUAUUGUCGCAUGGUCUAUGUUGUCUGUGUUAUGUCUCCCCUGCUGCUUACCAAUCCAUCUAUGCUUCUCCAUCUGAUGACCUUACUGUCGCCCCUUGUUAGUCUGAAUAUCUUACCCUUUUCACAGGUGGAAGGCGGUGCUAGAGGUAACAGCGCCCCUGACGGUAAAAGCCAAAGAGACUGUUGACUGGGUUCGCAGUUUGAAGACGGAUGACGAAGGAAGUAUCAUUUGGCCGGUGAACUUAGCAGCGCAAGCAGACCCUCACGUUAGCAUUGGGAACCCAGGCCGGAUGUCUCUCAUGGAGCACCGUGUACGCCUGCAGAGUGCUGAAGUCCCCAUAUUUGCUGAGUGGUUGCAGAUCGUUGAUUCGCAUAUUCAAAACAGCGAGUGGGAGGACGACGUUGCGCGCGUACUUCUUGUUAUUUCAUUUGUGAUUCUUGUGUGAUAGCUGCAGACUUCUUCUCCAGGUGCUACGUGGUGCUUUUUGAUAUUUUCUAUCUUUUAUCAUCAUCUGACACACCACCCGCGCCAGGCCGUCGAGGAGCUGCAGAUGCCCUCGAUCUUGGGCAAUCCGGACUACGCUCUGUUCUCGCAGAAUAUUCAGAUGGCCCGCGCCAAGGUGCCAGCCGAUGUUCCGCGUUUUUUUCGGGUUUUUUGUGGGUCUUUGAACGUGGCGUUCACACUGCGCAUCACAGGACGAGACAUUGCGGACGCCCUUUUACAGCAAGCAGCCUUGGCGGAGCCGAGUGGCGCAGUCGCUGCCAAUCUGAAGACGCACGUUCCUCUUUGGGAGACGUAUUUGCAGGCCCGCCAGCAGGCUCUGCUGAACUUGAAGAAGAUGGUCAAAGCGACGCACACUCUGUACUUCUUAUUUUCACUUUUUUCAACGUUGUUAUUCGUGCUUUCGUAUCUUCCGCUACAUGUUGCUUGCUUGUCACUCAUUUGGUGAGACCUUCACAUCUAGGCACUAUGCUGGGCAGUAGUUUCGCACGGAGAUGCAUCGUAGAGAAGUGCUAUAGUUCGUCUGUGAGCGUGAGCGGGAGUGUCAGUAGGUCGCUGCAUCAAUCCACAUCAGCUUUCAUCUUUUUUCGAACACCGUCGCAGGUUUCACGUCCUCAACGACAUGAAGGAGCUGCAGUCUGAAGCCCUCGCGUAUGAUAUCCAGCUCCUAGAGGAACAUGCUGAGUCGGUCAAUGCCCGCCAUGAUGCUGCACUUGCGAAAGCAGCGACAGGUGACUUUGAGGCCUUGAAGGCCGUCGUCUGGCAAUCGGGUGGUCUGCAUGAUUCGGCUCGUGACAUGUUGAUGAAGUUGAAGGCUGGCAAUUAUGACGGAAAUGAGGCUCGUCGCUGGUGGGUUGGUCCACCGAGCCGUCCGAGAGAGUACAUGGCUUUGCUUGCCACUAGCACUGGCGUCUCAGAAGAAGACGGCACGGCCAAGAGACUGUUGGCUCGAAUUGGAGAGCUCUUAGCGUCGCGCGAGCAAGACAGUACAUCUUUAUAUGAUAUCUGUGCUCCUCAGUCGCGUGAAAAAAGUACUGCUUUCGUUCUCGGUCGUGUCUGGGCUUCUGUUCAUAUCUUCGUCCACAUCCUCUGAAACUCAUCCUUGCUACAGGUAUCCCGAUGCUGCAGCUGUUUUUCAUGAAAUUGAAGGUGGUUCCGUUUCUAUUUCCGGCCGAGGAUCACGAUCAGUAUGUCGCGUAUGUUGGUCGCUUUGCAGCGUGGAAGGCUGAGAUUGGAUAUCGUGACUGAUCGGGUUGUGCUGUUAAUCAGCAGCGCGGCUUUGUCGUUGAAGUGGAUUCUUUUUUGCAGAGUGUGAUGAUUUGGAUACUAUCGACCUGGGCUUGAUUCACCUGGCGACAGUCGUGAUGUGGCGUGUUGUCUCUGCAUUUUUCCACAAGAAGCAGCUGCAUGCUGAUGAGAUUUUUUGAAACUACAAGUGGACACUUUCGAGCAUGUUGAAGUUAGUCGUUGUCUCCAUAUUUCAGAAAUUUGUCGUGAUCGUAUUGCAUUCAUGUCGAACCGCACGAGACAGAAAGUCUUCCUUUCAGAAUUAGAGCAGUUGAUGACGGACUUGAUGAGGAAUGUGGUGUAGGAGCUCUGACGAAGGAUCAGGAGCGUGUUCAGCGU